UCAGCGUAUUUUCGUACUUCGCAGAGAACCCACGCAAGCGCAAGCCCAUAUGACUCGCCACUGUCGCACACAUUAGAUAUAUAUCCGUCUGUAUAUGUCUAUUUAUUUAAUCUAUCACUAUAUACUCGAUUUUCCGAAAUUCGCAACUAAACCACCAACUCGUUCCAGAUCUGUGAAGGUGAAUGGUGUGUGAUUCUUAGGGUUUUUGAAUUUGGUCGGAAAUUGGAGUGAAUUUGUGGUGUUACAGGUCUCCGUAUUCUAGGGUUUUGGAAGUGAAAGUAAAUGCAGACUUGGGUUUGUGAAGAUAAUGAGCUCUAUGGGUAGAGGGAAACGGACUUUGGAGGGUGAAGAUGAACAGCCGGAGCGGAAACGGCCGGCUUUAGCCAGUGUAAUUGUUGAAGCCCUGAAGGUGGACAGUUUGCAGAAGCUUUGCUCUUCCUUGGAACCUAUUCUUCGCAGAGUUGUAAGUGAAGAAGUGGAACGUGCUUUGGCAAAGUUAGGUCCUGCUAGAGUUAAUGGAAGAUUGUCCCCUAAACGAAUUGAAGGGCAGGAUGGAAGAAACUUGCAGUUGCAGUUCAGGUGCAGGUUGUCUAUGCCUCUCUUCACAGGUGGGAAAGUAGAAGGGGAGCAGGGUGCUGCAAUCCAUAUCGUUUUGGUCGAUGCAAACAAGGGCCAUGUUGUAACAACUGGACCCGAAUCCUCUGUAAAGCUCGAUGUUGUUGUACUGGAAGGUGACUUUAAUAAUGAAAAUGAUGAAGACUGGAUGCAGGAAGAAUUUGAAAGCCAUGUUGUGAAAGAGCGUGAUGGAAAGAGACCACUUUUGAAUGGGGACUUGCAGGUGACUCUUAAAGAAGGCGUAGGGACGCUAGGAGAGCUGACAUUUACAGAUAACUCAAGUUGGAUAAGGAGCAGGAAGUUCAGGCUUGGUGUGAAGGUUGCCUUGGGAUUUUGUGCUGGCAUACGCAUACGAGAGGCAAAGACAGAAGCCUUCACUGUUAAAGACCACAGAGGAGAAUUAUACAAGAAACACUAUCCACCUGCUUUAACUGAUGAAGUGUGGAGGUUGGAAAAGAUUGGUAAGGAUGGCUCAUUCCACAAGAGGCUAAAUUCUGAACAGAUAAGCACGGUUGAAGAUUUCCUUAAACUUCUAGUCAAAGACUCUCAGAAGUUACGGACAAUCCUUGGAAGUGGCAUGUCGAAUAGGAUGUGGGAGGCUCUCAUAGACCAUGCGAAGACUUGUUCCUUGAGUGGGAAGCUUUAUGUAUAUUACACUAAUGAAACAAGAAAUGUAGGUGUUGUUUUUAACAAUAUCUAUCAGCUGAGUGGCCUUAUAUCUGGUGAACAAUAUUACUCGGCUGAUUCUCUUUCUGACAGCCAGAAGGUAUUCGUGGAUUCCUUGUUGAAGAAAGCAUAUGAUAAUUGGGACCAAGUUGUAGUGUAUGAUAGCAAGUCACUAUUAAGCUUCAAGCAAAGUAAGAUGUCGAGUGCAUCUGGAAAUGAAAUUUCAAUGGGCCAGAUGUCGAGUGCAUCUGGAAAUGGACUUCCAAUGGACGUGAUUAACUAUCCUUCUUCUUUAGAUAAUCAACUUCUCCCACCACAUUUGCCAGUUGCAGUUCUUUCUGAGCGGCCUUCGAUGGAUGCAAAUCUACUAAUUGGAGCUUCAGGUUAUAAUGACAAUAUGGCGAUUGAAUACUCAAAACAUUCUCAGCUAGUGAAUUCCAGUUCUGGCACACAGUUUGACAACACUCCAUUUGGUUUGCAAGACCUGCAUAUCAGCAAUUCUCGCCAAAAUGAAAGUACAAGAUAUGGUGACAAGGUUGGACUGGCUCUUGGUCCUCCACAAUCAUCGUCAUUCCAGGGAACUAGCUCAUCUGUUCAUCAAUCCAGUGUUGAUCCCUUUGAUGACUGGUCUAACAACCAGGACAAGGGUGUGGAUGACUUCUUGUCAGAGGAGAUUCGCAAUAGAAGUCAUGAGAUGCUUGAGAACGAAGAUAUGCAGCAUUUGCUUCGACUCUUCAGCAUGGGAGGCCAUGCCUCUGUUAAUGUUCCAGAAGAUGGGUACAAUUUCUCAUCAUACGUGGAAUCACCAUCACCAUUACCAAGCUUCGGCUAUGACGAAGAUCGCACCCGUUCUGGCAAAGCUGUCGUGGGUUGGCUCAAAAUCAAAGCAGCUAUGAGGUGGGGCUUCUUUAUUAGGAAGAAGGCAGCAGAGAGGCGAGCACAGAUUGUAGAAUUAGAGGAUGAAUAGAAUUAGCUGUGAAAAUGGUGUUUGACCUUGGACGUGAGUAUUUAUUUGGGCUGCAAUUACGAUUCUGAUAAUUGGUGAAACUCAUCGGUGCAAGCAACAACUUUAGGUUUCAGGAAUUCAUAGAAAUUAUUAGCCCAGACUUUGAAGGUCUCUGUUUGUGUUACAGAUAUCAGAGAUUUCCUUCUUGUACAGUUUCCUGUAUAGUAAUUUGUCCAACACUCUCCUGUUAUUUACUUAUUUGGUGUGCUUCUGUCAUCUUUCUACAUCUGGUUUGUCAAUGACAUGUAUUUCAGGACCCAACGCUAAUUCUCUUUAAUGAUGUUGAUGAUUGAAAUUUAGGGUAACUUUUAUGAUAUUUUAGACAUGCCUACUAUAA